AUGAUUGACCGCGCAACCAGAUGGCCCGAAGUGACACCAUUAUGCGAGAUCACCGCCGAAGACGUCGCUAAAGCUCUAUACGAAGGCUGGAUCUCCCGCUUCGGCUGCCCCGCUACCAUCACGACCGACCAAGGACGGCAAUUCGAGAGUCGAGUAUUUGCGUCACUCACCCGCUUACUCGGCAUCGAAAGAACCCGAACUACGCCGUACCAUGCCCAAGCGAACGGUAUGAUUGAAAGGUUCCACAGAAGUCUCAAGGCCGCACUCAAGGCCAGGCUACAGAACGACAAGUCAUGGAUCGACACAAUACCUAGCGUUCUACUUGGACUACGAGCCGCACUACGCACAGACACCGGUGUAAGCCCAGCCCUACUCACUUACGGCUGCAGUGUACGACUACCCGGCGAACUGUUACUACCUACGCGCGAUGACGUCACCAUGGACUCCGACUUCGUGGAAAAACUACGAGCGACCAUACACAGCCUAACACCGACAGCAAUGAUCCCGCAUGGCAACAAGAAACCUAUCUUCGUGCAUCGUGACCUUCAAACCUGCGAACAAGUAUUCGUACGAGUUGACGCCGUAAAGAAGCCGCUACAAGCACCUUACGACGGACCCUACCGAGUACUAAAACGCAACGACAAAAUAUUCACUCUGCAGCUACCUAAUCGCCAGAUGAAUAUUUCGAUCGACCGCUUAAAACCCGCAUUCAUCAUCGCAGACACCGAGCAAGAAACACCUACGAGUACAACGGACAUACCUACAACCUUAACGACCGCAACAAAUAUACCUACAGCUACGAGUUCAACGAAAACGCCUAACAUACCUACAACGACGAGCACAACGAUCGCAACGAAAAUGCCUACAGCUACAUCGAACAAAACUUCGCAACCGACUGUACCACCGAGUUUACCGACAUCACAACAAAACAACAACAACCAACAACAGAAAAAAGGCAUCCUGAAACGAAGAGAUGAACCAGACGCAACCACGACCACGCAAGUACCUACAAGCACGAGCACAACACGCCGAGGCCGCACUAUUCGCCUGCCGGUACGCUUCGCUUGA